AUUCGAUUCGACUGGACAUGAAGCAUCGAUCUUGCCUAGAGUAGCGUCACGAGCACGAUAGCAAUGGCACACAGAGGAGACAGGGCAACGAGCAGGGGGAGAGGGAAGAUGUCAUCGUCGCACCAAUUGAUGUUCCACACACUCAACGUCCUGCACACAAACAAACCGACAGAGAGACACACAAGUAUAGAAUUUCCCGCCGUGCAGCUAGGGUUCCUUACGGUGUGCUGAGCGCCAUGAGCAGCCGCCUGUGUGCGGCCUUGAUGCCCUCCCCAAUGUAGAUGACGGCCGGCAUCCGGCUCAGCUGCACUGCCCACGCCGGCAGCUGCCACUGGGGAAACGUGAAGUCUAUCAGCUCGAAGUUCGGCCGCACCUACGCGCAGAAACGGAAACCAUGCGUGGAACCAACAUACAUAUCUACCCACCCGCUCCUCCACACACCCAUGGCCCGGAUGACAUACCUCUCUGUUUGCGAGGAGGUGCAGGUUCUUGUCCAAUGUCCAGCAUGACAGCACGUCGGCCACGACUCGUGCGCCCAUGACGACCACCAGCCGCACCACGCCCUCCCACCAGGAGAACAUCACCAGCCAGAAGAGCACUAUCAGCACCAAGGUCACCGUCAAGGCCGCCAUCGAGGACAGCAGCGCUACCUGGAUGGUCGACUGGCGCAGCAAAAUGUCGAAACCCUCCUGGUGGUCGAGUGCGGUGGUACUCGACGCAGCCACAGCCAGCUGGAAGCUUCCCGUCCGCCGCCAGUCGCCUGUGUCUCCGUUGCGAUCGCCCUCUGUGGGCAAUGGUGGUGAUGCCGAUAUGACGGCCAGCAUGGCUGCCACAUCCAGGAUAUUCGCCCAGCGAGCCAGGCGGUCCUCCCUCCCCCUCAGCGGCCUCGCCCCUGCUGUCGGCGUGCUCAGCUGGCCGCCCACCGAGUCGGCCUUUGUGUCCCCCUCUGUGCCCCCCUUGUCGGUGGGUGUGGGUCGGAAUCGUUUGGGCAGCAUGAGUGUGACGGUGGUGGCGAAGACAGAGGGUGUGCGGGUGAGCCGGUCCGCGACUGAGAGCGGCGGCAGGUAUCGGUAGGGUGGGAAGGACGGCAGCAGGCCGCCGUGGGUCUUGAAGGGGUUAGAGGGAGGGGGAGGGCGGGGGUAGUGAUCGAACUUGAGCUGCCAUUACCACACACACACACACACACACACACAUGCCAAGACAUACCCGUAUAGACUGAAUCGGUGAGUGUGGCGGGAUUGGGGGGAACCGACCCGGGUAGCGAUCAGAUGCGCGAAGAACACCUCAGACAGAAGGUGGGAGACAAUGGCAGCCAAAAACACGAAACCUGACCAGUGCAACAUGCACACCUUCAGAUGAGCCUAUGACGGCACGCAGUCUCCUUGUCGGCCUGUGAGGUACCUCACCUCCAGUCGGCAGAAACAGAGCAAGCGCUACUGGUACCUCAAUGAAGGGGAACAGGAACCGCAGCAGGUCCAAAUACAAGACGAAGUGGUCCAACCCUUUGGACUCCUUGGUGCUCUCCUCCCCCCACUGUCCGUCGUCCCCCUCUCCCAACUCCCUCCCAGACGCCACAUGCACCGCCGGCACGGCACCCGGCGCGGGGCAGCUAUCGCCGAAACAGAGGCUGGCGAACAUAGGUGGGAGGUAGCUGCUCUUCCGCUGCACCGAUGGCUGCCGGCCCUGUGCAUCGCCCGCCGCCUUGGAAGGAAUCUCAGGGUCGCUGCCACCGCCCUCCCCCUCUCCGUCCAUGUCCUCGUCCAUCAGCAGCUGCGCCGCUGCCGCACCGGGGGUCGGCUCCUCUGUCGGCAGUGCACCGAGCGGCUCUUCCUGCCUUGCCUUGGGGGUGCCCUCGGAGAUGCUGUUCUUGCACCACAUCAUCCUGGGCAGCGGCCUCUGCACGACAUGCUGCUGCUGCUGUUGCUGCGAAGAGGAGCUCUCCGCCGGCCGGUCCCAACCCGCUCUCUCUCUGCGCCUUCUGACCGGCGGCCCUGCCUGAGCUGCACUGAUGAGGGCCGCGUUGAGGCGUGCCGGGUUGAUGGGGAGGUGGACCUUGAGGGUUGCUCGGAGUGCUGGGGGGGGCGCGGCAAUGAGACCAUAGGCGAGGAAAUGGGCCAGGAAGAGGCGGGCGACCAGGCGGAGGAGGGGGCAGACGAUGACGUAGAAGAUGCGGUGGAACAGGAUCGACCACGAGCUCAUCAUGUGCUGGAACAUGAGUUGGACACCAUCCAUUCAUUCUGUCUCUGGUUCUUUCUUUGUCUUACGUCGUCGUCGAUCAUGUAGGUGCUGAGUCGGUAGCAGACGGUGAUGCCCACCCCAACGGCCGAUGCGUAGAGGAAGGCCCCCAUGUAUGCGAACGUCAUGGCCAUCAUCCACGGCCGGCUCCUCCAGAACCACCGCCACACGCGCCACCGCACGUUGAGCCACGCCUGCCGAAUAGAGCUACACGACUGACCGCACAUCUGAACACACACACACACAAACAGAAGACGACAAACACAUCCUUUCCGCCCUCAGCCAUCCCAUCAGGUCAAUCCUACCCGUUGCCUGGCCCCUUGAUGGUCCGAUUGCUCGCGAGGCGUUGUACUGGCUGGAUCAUGUUGCAACUCCUCGCCCCACACCCCCUCUCUGUUGACCAGCACACGUGAGGGGUUCUUCCACCCAAACACCGAGUAGAAGGUCCGGCACUCGUAGAAGAGCUCCCGCCAGAAGAGACAAACGAUGAGGCAUGAUACACAGAAGAACGCCGACGGGCCGGAGGGGGACACCGGCGGCGCAGGCGGCAGUGUGUCUGCCCUUGACAGCAGGGAGGAGAGCGAUGUGCCUAUCUGGAGGCCGUGGAAGAGACCGAUAUGGUAGCGGUACGUCAGAGUGAGGAACAUGUAGACGGUGAGGAAGAGCAGAGAGAGGCCCCAGAACUUGAGGGCGAAGUCACGGAACUGCCGGUCGUCCUUGAGCAGACACCGAUGGUCCAACUGACGAGGGAGAAGGUAACGCCCGUCAAGACGAGAAGGGAAGUGAGUGCAUUUCUUUUCUCUCCCCCGCCACCCAUUCAUUCCAUUGACCCACCUCACCCAGGUGCAUUCGAGUACAAAUGUGGUCGUUUCUGCCAGAAGGUAGCACAGGCCGAACCCCACGGGCAUCGAAGGAAUGAUCAGGAACACCACCAGCAGCAGCAGGAAGAAUACCAUCCCAGCCGUCGACUUCAGCAAAUUGGCACCUGCGCAACGGACAACCAACCCACACACAACCCACACGACUCAUCAUUUCGGGUCCAUCCAUCCAUCCACCCAUUUAUCCAUCUCCUUUGGUCCUACCGGUCACGUAUACCACGUAGCGCCUGAGCGACCUGGAGCAGAACUCGGCGGCCAUGCGUGCAGCCCGCCUCAGCGGCACGCCAACGGCUCGAACGAGCUUCUGCCACCAAGUCUCCUCCCCGCCGGCCUCGGGCGCCCGCACGCCUGCCGACGACUCCCGAACGGGCGACCCCGAGCGAAAGCUUCCAUAGCGAGGGCGAAGCAGCUCUGAGCUCAUCCUCUAUCUCCUUCAGGGGCUGCUGGGCAACCUUCAAAACCGCAACAGACCCCCAAGCUCG